AUGUCAGGAAGAUUACUGCGUGACUUGAAACUCUACAAAGCUUCAAUAGCGUUUCUCCAGGAAACGCACUUCCAGGAAGGCAGGGCACCAGCCCUGAAAGACCGCAACUUUCAAACAGGAUACUUCAGCCACAACCAGGACAGACGGUCACUGGGAGUCUGCAUCCUCUUUUCAAAGCGAGUCCCAUACACAGAGCAAGCCACCAUACGAUGCAAGCACGGCAGAUACAUUUUCACAAAAGGCACGAUAUUGGACCAAACGUACACAUUCGCUAACGUGUAUGCCCCAAACACGAAACAACACCACUUCCUUCAAAGUACACUGAACACAUUGAUGAAAUUCGCGGAAGGCACCUUGAUCAUAGGAGGAGAUCUCAACCUGGCGAUACACCCAGAACAGGAUUCCACAUCUACACGCGGAAAUACACCGCUCAGUAGACACGCCAACACACUCCGCCUCUUACACCUCCACCAGCUGGCGGACUGCUGGCGAGCACUAAACCCGUCUACCCAGGACUACACAUUCUACUCCACGACUCACUCGACCUAUACAAGACUCGAUUAUUUCUUAGUACCUCAUCAUAAUCUAGCCUGCUCAACACCGUGGAAAUCCUACCAAUGACAUGGUCAGAUCACCACCCAAUUCGCAUACGGAUGAUGUCAACACUAUACAAACCCAGACAAAUGUCAUGUUGACUGAACUAAUCGAUUCUAUCAGACGUCACGGUCGUAGACCAAAUCAGUCACCACAUACAGGAUUACUUCAAAGACAACGAGACAGACGAUGUCACCCCACUGACAUGCUGGGAAGCACACAAAACGGUAAUUUGAGGCAGACUCAUCGCGAUAUGCGCGACUCGCAGGAAGCGGGCGGUACAGACGAUACUAGAACUCAGCAAAGAAAUCGAGGCAUUAGAGGCUAGACACAAACGCACCUUGGACAAGAAGGUAUACGAAGAACUCAUGACCAAACGGAACCAACUCACCACACACCUGAACCGCGCAAUCCAACGCUCAUACCAACACUACAAACAUAUGAUCCAUGAACACGGGGACAAAUGCGGGAGACUAUUAGCGAAUCUCCUGAAGCAACGCCGAAACCAACUAUAUAUCCCGAAAAUCAAAGACGCACACCAACAACUCAGGCACCUACUGGAUCAGAUCUCGACAGCGUUCCACGACUACUACCAGGACUUAUAUAGCCUCCGCCAAGCCACUCCAGAAACACAGAGAUCCCGAAAAGUGGAGGACAUCCGCAGAUACCUGGACACGGCAAAUGUACCAGGAAUAGAGGAGGUAGACCAAGAAGCACUGGAAGCCCCCAUAACUCCUGAGGAAUUGGCGCACGCCAUCAAAAAGCAGAAACGGGCAAAGCAUCGGGACCAGAUGGCAUGCCCCUUCAAUAUUACAAAACCUUCGCGAAUGACCUAUCACCGAAACUAUUGA